UAACUACGCUUUCGAAGACAAUUGUAUGCUGCUGCCGCUUCGCCAGCAUUGACGCUCGAGCACUGGAAGAGUUGGCUGAACUGACCGCUUCGCAAUAGAGGGCAUCGGAAGCUUCCUUGUGCAGCUGCAAAGGGUCCGCCGAGUUACACCAAACAGGCCGUAUUAUCAAGCUGACUCGCGGGAUCCCAUAUGCCAUCUUCCCGCCGCAAAGUGAUACCACAAGCUGCUGCCUUACCGGCCAACCGUCUCCCAGUUGGCACGCCUCAAUUUUCCGCCACGCAUUCGCCACCAGUCUUCCGCCCCAUUAGCCGUACAAGCCAGCGAUCGCAGCCACCUUAUCAGGACGAGCCAGUCCUCGAGGCGGAAGUCUCAGGUGUCUCAAUCGUGGAGCUGCAUCACCCAGAGCCAACCAACGGCUCUGCAAUGUCACUUGCAGCAGCCAAGCUAGCGCGCCAAAACAGACGAAUCGAGCAAGCGGAAGCUACCCUGGGCGUGUCAGCUGGUCACCAGUCAGAGCGAGCGCGCCAGCCAUCUCGGACGAAGGCGAAAUGGGCGCCCUUGGAUCUUACCGCCAGUGCCGGAAACGCCGCCGCUGGCUCCCGGCAUCCUGACACGGAAGUCCGAGUCAACACAUACCGGAUGCCCACAACGCGUGAUAGCUCCCUCACUCGCUCUUUGUCUAGCCUUUCGCAGCGGACAACAGGUACUACGACUUCGAUUCCGGACAUGGAGCGACAGGACUCCGGGCCUACUGACGCCGGCGGCUUCCAGAUAUAUACCGGACGCAGGAGCAAGAAGCCCGUCGACCAGCUCGGCGCAUACGAAAACAAGCCAGAGCAAAAGCAGACCUCGGUGGAAGCGUCGAUUGACAACCGCGAGGUCUACAAAGUCUUCGGCAACCCACCUUCCGGACCUGACUUCAUCGCCCAGACUGAGGGCACCAAGGACGGUCAGCUUCAAUUCACACAGCAUCCUAACGGUGAUAUUGCUGCCCAUCAGUGGUCAACGGAACGUUACAUGUGGGAGAACAUUGGUCAAUACUCCAACAUUCGCAAGAAGAUUGAGGGCCAGCUUGCCACUGAUCGCUUAAAGGGCGAGACUGCGAACCAGACCAUACAACAGCAUACACUGGCAUACUUUCGUACCGUGGCUAAGCAGCGUGAGGCUACCGUCAUGGGUCUGCCGUUCGGUCCUAAGGAGAUUCAGGCGGCCAUGCCGGAGCAUCGUGCGCCACCGACUGUGCCCGGUGCUAUGAGGAAGUCCGCACCCGCAGCGCCGACCACGCAAACCGGUGCUGCAGAGCCGGCACCACCAGACACGCAGACCAUCCCAGGUGACCCGGAAGCUCUGCGAGCCGGGAGAGCAGAUCGUGCUGCCACCACGGAGCUGCCGUACGAAUACCUUGGCUAUCCAGCUUAUGAUAACAACCAUGUAGCGUAUGCGGGUUAUGAGCGUCCGUACUAUAACCCGUACGCGCCCCAGUAUCACUUGCCGAGCGGCUUCUAUCCUAGGCCCUAUCAUGCAACACCUUAUGCUGCACCGCAGGACCCAUUUUACAGCGAUCGCUCCUACCGAGCAGUCUACGGAGCACCCCCCCCUGCUUUCGGUGGCUAUCCCAUGCUGACCGUAGCUUACAACACGCCAGCUGUUUUCGCAGACGGGAGUGGAGUUGUGCCAGGGCUGAACUAUGACUAUCAUUUCCCUCCGGCUCCAUCCAGUGUGCAAUCUCCUGAGCGUGCGGCUGCUCGCGGAGAAAGAAAGCAAUCGAGCAUCUCAAGCGGACCUUCGGUACUCAGCUUACCGACGGAGCCGGCUCCUAUGUUAGCUACCAGACCAUUAAUCUCUACAGCUCGGUCCAAGACGUCGACGGUGCAAGCCUCGACCAUGCACACUCGAUUGCAGCCGGAGCAUGUCCAGGCGACAUUGCCACCAACUUCUCGCACCGCCAUGCGUGACCAGCUAGUCAAGAUUGGCGACCAGGCAAAGGAACGUAAUCUAAGCCAGAGCAACAUUCGCACCGUGCUAUAUGAUCCAUUCCGCAGUCAACCCGACCCAACCGAGCAAGCUGCGGUUAAUACAACGAAGGCAACAGCACCCUCGCCACAGCUCAAGAAGACAGUGGCAAACCCAAGCGGGUUGCCGCCUCAUCUGCAGCCACUAGCAACUCAGCCUACAAGCGCUCGGCCGUUCGAUAAAGCGGUUGGCGCACCCCGACCGUCUUCGAUUACGAGUCCGAGAACUAUCCAGCAGGCCGACAUUCCAUGUCUCCAUAGUACGUACAAAGAUCUCAUCGACUAUGUGGACGAAGAACUGGCUCCAGAGAAGGACCCAGUCUUGCAGUUCUUUACAAGCCAUUAUGUUAGGAAUUGCCCACAGUCAAUAGCAUCAGUUCCCAUGCCAGCACUAGCGAGCUUCGAUGCUAAGGCACAUACCAAUAGUUUGGACAAUUGGUGGCUCAAUGGGACUACGUUUGCACGUCACGAAGACAUGUACAAUAGCAUCAAAGCCGCAGACAAGAGUGCUACCAAUGCUGAAACCUCAACGUCCACGAGCGUGGAAAAGAGCAGCAUGGAAAAGAGCUUUAUCGACAAAAGCGACGCUAUGACCCGCCUUCUCAUCCCUGUCUGGGAGAAUCUGGCCUCAUACGUGCAGGGUCCGGUGGAGAAGCGCCGUGACUACUUCUCGCCGUGGUCGAAGCCGCCCGAGUACGCUGUCGACCAUUCUGACAACACGUCGUUCUACGACAAAGACUGCACCACGCUGCCAGCAAGGAUUGGUAGGGAUUCUCGGUACCGCGGUAUGCCGUCCGAAGCUAGCGGUAGGUAUAGCGGAGAGGGCACGUCUGGGAGGUACUCAGUUGGGGUUGGCGGAGGCGGUCGGUAUGGUGGAGUGGAAGGUGUGAGAUUCGGUGACUUCAAUACCCCGACUGCGAGGGUGGGCAGUGGUCUGGCGGUAGGUGCGGGUUUGGACACGAGGUUCACAUAUGGCCGAGUCUGAGCUGUCGCCGUGUCAACACGCCAUUACGAGCAACAGCAUCAGUCACUGUCGCGAUCAACAGCUUUGUACACUUGAGUAGCUUAUCUCUACUGGACUCGGAUCGUAUUGACCAGCUGUCGAGCAGAUUGGGAGCGAAACAGUCUAGAUCCAAGGAGGUGUUUGCCUUGUGCACAUAUUAGUGCCGACGCUUCCUCUUCCAUCCAAUAAUGAAGCAUAGACACGGAUAGACGGUGAAAGACUGCCACCAUGGAUAGCAC